GCCAUCUAUAAAUACCACCCACUACUGCUGCAACUCUCCUCAUCACUACACCACCUUCUCGAUCUAAAGCUUAUUGAGUUUAGAAAUUAAUUAAAAGCUAGCGCAUAUACAGAGAGAUGAGGAGGAGGAGCUCCAAUAUUGUUGCAUUCUCAUGCAUGUUCUUCAUCUUGGCCUUGCAAGCCAUCCUCCCUAUCUCCUCUGCUUCCCUUCAAUACGGUUUCUAUGAUUACGACUACAAAUGCAAGAGAACUAAUGUCGAGCUCCUUGUGAGGGGCGUCGUCGCGAAGGCUAUCCGGAAGGACCCCGGCGUCGGCGCGGGCCUCAUCAGGAUGUACUUCCACGACUGCUUCGUUAGGGGCUGCGACGCCUCCGUCCUCCUCGACCCGACCACUGCCAACCCGACGCCCGAGAAGACAUCCGGGGCCAACUUCCCGAGCCUGCGCGGCUUCGAGGUGAUCGACCAGGCGAAGGCCAAGCUGGAGCGCCGCUGCCCCGGGGUCGUGUCCUGCGCCGACAUCGUCGCCUUCGCGGCCCGCGACGCCGCCCUCUUCCUGGGCCGCAUCUCCUACCCCAUCCCCUCGGGCCGCCUCGACGGCCGCGUCUCCCUCCAAUCCGAAGUCCUCCAAAACCUGCCGGCCCCCUUCUUCAGCCUCUCCCAAAACGAGGCCUUCUUCGCGAACAAGGGCAUGUCGCCCGAGGAGAUGGUGACGCUCUCUGGUGCCCACUCCAUCGGCCGGUCGCACUGCUCCUCCUUCACGAACCGCCUCUACCCGACGGAGGACCCGACGAUCGACCGGUCCUUUGCGGGGAUCCUGAAAGGAGUGUGCCCGCAGAACGCGGCCGUCGACGGCGUCGUGCCCCAGGACAUUGUGACCCCGAACCGGCUGUCCAACCAGUACUAUAAGAACGUGAAGGCGCACAAGGUGCUGUUCACCACGGACCAGAACCUGAUGAGCUCUUCUGAUACGGCAGCGAUGGUGAAGGAGAACGCUAGGAACCAGACCGCGUGGAAGGCCAAGUUCGCGGCGGCCAUGGUGAAGAUGGGGAACCUCGUCGAGCUCACGGGGCCGCCGGGCGAGAUCAGGAAGAAUUGCCGUGUCGUGAACUAGCUGUAUAGCUAGGGGCCGAAGAUCGAGUUUGCAUGCACGCAUGCAUGGCGUUUUGAUUCUACGUACGUACGCGUACGUACGUAAGUUAUUCGAUCUCAUGCAUGCAUGCAUGCGAACGUAACGAUCAGUAAAUCUCGCGAGGAUGCAUGGAGUUGAUUUAUUAUCUGGUCGAUCGUCGUGUUGUGUUUUGUUGUGUGUCUAGCUGGUUCUUCUGUUCUCAACUUGUUCUUUCUUUUUUUGUGCGUGCGUGUGUUUUUGGUUUUCAUUUCCUUCAAAUAUUUGCAAUUCGGGUUUAAUUUGAGCAAUUGUUGCUUGUAAUUGUAGAAAUUUGUAAUUGCAAGGUUGUACCACUCAAUGGAACCUUCGAGUGCUUUUCCAAAUAAUCUCCAUUUAA